AUGACCAUGACCCACAUCACGACGCUACUCUCCGCCGCCGCGGCAGCCGCCGCGUAUGAGGGUCUUAUGGACGAGCAUGCCGUACAUCUCGGCCGUGGCAUGCACGCCGCUGCUGCAGCGUGCGUGCUGACGGGCGCUGUCGUGUUAUUGCCGUACCGUUGGAGAACUUGCCGUCCUCAAGUCCGUCAGAUUCCCCUCUGGCGCAUGCGAUUGGUUGAAUGGCGAGAUGCGAGGCAAUGGUGGCGAUGCCAAGCGGAACGUGGCCUUCUCCCAUCAGCUGGCUUGGGUUUGGUUCCGGAGCCUCGUCAUCAGGUGGCGGCGGAGCUGGGGCUCGUACGGACGGCCGAUGGUUCCUUGGCAUUACCAGCAGCGGCAGCGGCAGUAGUAGCGGCGGUAGUCGUGGUGGCAGUAGCGGGCGGCCGUGGGGUUGGGGGUGGUGGUGGUGGUGGUGGUGGGGAGUCAGCGCACGGGAAUCGUCAUCUUCCCUAUUGCUUUGUCGUACCAGGGCGGCAGCUGUACUGGGCGGCGACGGCUCGCCGGCGCCGCCAGGUAGCGUCGUCGCCGUCGUCGUCGUCGGCAUCUCACGCCGGGUCAUUGCUUGGCGGCAGCCCCGCUCUCGCUCCCCAGAAGUGGCUGUCGCCGCCGCCGCCACCGCCGCCGCUACCGAAGAGGAGGGUACGGCCGCUGCACGACCUCCGAGACUUGUCCAUGUACUUUGUACGAGAGUGUACGACAAUGUUUCCUUCCGGAAGGCCUUUGGAGCUGAUCCGGUCGUGGCGGCGGCGCCAGGGAGGAUUCCGGAAAGUUACUCCGGCGGAAUUCGUCUGCAAGAGGUGUACGACAGCAAUGUGGCGGAGCUCCGCUUGGGUGCUGCUCGUCCACUCGCCGGCCUGGGUAGUAGCGCUAGCGGCGAUGGGCGGCUCGUCCAUGGUCUGGCUGGCGUUACAACUGACGUGGCACGCUGCACUGCCGUACAUUUUCGUGGAAUCGAUAGCUACAGCGGAGGAUCUUACUGUCGGAGCCGUUGCCGUACAACCCGCCGUCGCCGCUGACAAUCAAGGUGUCGAUGACGACGACGUCGCCACAAAACCUGGCAAUCGAAAUGUUAGCACCUGUUGGCCGGUCAUUUCGAGCACUGCUGUACAAGAGUACGGGCCGUACAAGCGCGGCCGAAAACGACAAACCAUCCUCAGCUCUAAACGGGCUGACGAUCCCUGUACGAGGCAAUGCGCCUCCGGUGAAGAUAACCCUAAUAGUCCGUCCGACACGAAAGAGGGUUUCCGCGUCGCGAACGGUAAUGACGACGGCAAUGUCGGUUCAGUACGGGAAACUCGUAUGCUUGGCUGCGGCUUGCUUGGCCGCCGACCACGGCUAAGCCCUGGAUCCAUUCUGUGCCGUGGUUUUAGAUUCAUGCAACCCGCUGGUUUUGGAUCUGGAUCCAGGUCCAGGGCUGAGUACGGAAGGUCAGAGCAGCCCAGUACGACAGUACAUCGAAGCUCUGAUUCGUCCAUGCAUUUGGAUGCCACCGACGGCAGCGGUGGCGCCGGCAGUUGUACGGCACGCGUCCAGUCCAGUACGGCUCCUUCAUGUACGGCAACUGCAUCGGCGAUGGUGGGGUCCACCGCACGGUUCCUUGGGUCGCUGCCGUCAAUCACGUCGGGACCGCCGCUGUCGCUGCCAGCAGUCCCUAUGCGGCAGGAGUCGCUGUCGUAUUCAGGAGGCCCUGAGGCUCCGAAACCUCUUCCCGCGGCGCUUGCGACCGCAUCGAUUUGGGUCAGCGUGGCAUCGGCUGCGGUGCGGCGGGCAAGGCCGCUGCUGGCUGCGCUGUGGCUGUACGGCGGUCCAUUUGCCAUCGGCGCGGUGCCGGUGCUACCGCGUUCCUGGCUGUGGGACUAUUUGGCUGCAUCGCCGGCACAGCUGGCUAUAGGCUUAGUGCUAGCCGUCAUAGCGGUGGCUUGGGUGGCGGCCCCGGCGUUUUCAAAGAAAGGGAAUGAUAAAACGGUCAAUUUUUGUAUCGGCGCAAUGCUCUUUAUGAUCGCCGUGUUUAUUUGCGCAUAUGGUUCCUGUCUGAUCAUGCCUGGUGCUGUAAUUGUGGGUCUUUGA